UCAGUCAUUCAGUCUCAAAGCUUUGAUCAGAAAAGGCCGGUUUUGUAUACAAAAAAAAAUAAAAUACUUAAAUAUCAACACAACAACAAAAAAAUAAAAUUAAUCUGCGGAUAAAUAAUAAAAAAAAAACAACAACCGAGUCCAAUAAAUGCAACAAACGUCAGUGAACAGACGGUAGUCAUAAACACAAACGAUCAUUAUCAACAACAAGAAAGCAAAAAAAAAAAAAAAAAAAUACACAAAAAUUUAUAUCUAAACUAGCACUAUUAGCAGUGUAAGUUGUAGUUGUUAUACGCUGCUACGUAAACGUCAUUACUAUUGCUGCUGCAACUAUUAAUGACAUAGUCCAACAUAGUCAAAAAUUUUAAUUAUUGCACAAAGUUACAUACAUACAGUAGUAGUAGUUUAACAAUAAGAAUAGUUUAAAGUUCAGUUUUGUUGACAACUUCCCGCCUUACAAGUGUUUGUAUCUAACGAUCUAUGUAUGCGACUGACAGUGCGUAUCUUGUCAAUUGUUUUAUUUUUAUUUUUUAAUACAAUUUCAACAACAUCAUCAACGUUAUUCUCAAUCUUAUCAAAGAUUGUUGUAACGACGUCGACGACAACGUACACAUAUACAAACGUCAACGUUGUCAACGUUAACGAUCGUUUAACUAACGUGCGAUUUAGUAGCUUAGCUAGCCCGCUUAACUAGCUAAUGUUUAGUCGUACGCCUAACGUUGACAUUCAUUGUUGUGUUGUGAAACUGAACACGCUUGAAAAAAGAUUUUAAAAAUAUUUAUAUAAAAAUAAACAAAUCGCUGGUUCCGUUUCGUACAUAAAUCCAUUAAAGCCAAAAGUUGAAGCUGUGCUUAAUAAAACAAAAAAAGAAAGACUAAUAAAAAUGUUAGAAAUAUUAUAAAGUCUAAAAUUUUACAAAAUUUCUGUCUCAAAUAGUAGCGGCAAAAGUUUGGAAAAAAAGACAUAAAAGUACAAAUUUCCUAUAGAAAAAAAAACUGUUUUUUUAAAAACUAGGAUUUAUAUUUACAACAACACAAGAAAAGAAUACAAACAACAGCUAUAAAUUUUAAAAUAUUCCUUGAAACAAAUCAACAAUACAACUUACUCCCUCCCUUCCAAAGAAGAAAUAAAUUCAACUAUAGUUUACUUUUUUUUAUAUUAUUAUUAUUAUUGGGAUUUAUUUACAUUUUUUUUGUUAAAUCCUGCUCUUCUCUAAUCUAAUCAAACGCAACUGAUACCAUAUAAAAUAAGAUAAAAACAUAACAAUGGCCUUAAUUAUGAAAUACAUAGACAGCAUUAACAGAUAUAUGGACUCACAUGGCGAUCCCCGAACGAAGGAUUGGCCAAUGAUGUCAUCACCAUUUCCCACAUUAGCUGUAUGCCUCACAUAUGUUUACAUAGUCAAGGUUCUCGGACCACGAUUAAUGGAGAAUCGCAAACCAUUCCGUUUACAAAACACAUUAAUUUUAUACAAUGCAGUACAAGUGAUAUUUAGCGCCUGGAUAUUCUACGAGUGUUUAAUGGGAGGCUGGUGGGGUCAUUACAGCUUUACAUGCCAGCCCGUGGAGUAUAAUGAUCAUCCUCGUACCAAACGAAUUGGUAUAUCCGGUUGGCUGACAGGACACUAUAGCUUCCGAUGUCAGCCGGUUGAGUAUAAUAAUAACCCUAGAGUAACAAGGAUGGUUCAUGCCUGCUGGUGGUAUUAUUUCUCAAAAUUCACAGAGUUCAUGGAUACGAUAUUCUUUGUUUUGCGUAAAAAAGAAAGUCAAAUCACCACACUUCAUGUUAUUCAUCACGGCUGUAUGCCUAUGUCUGUAUGGUUUGGUGUUAAAUUCACCCCUGGCGGUCACAGUACCUUCUUCGGUUUGCUCAAUACCUUUGUACAUAUUAUUAUGUAUACCUACUAUAUGUUCUCGGCUAUGGGUCCUCAAUAUCAAAAAUAUUUGUGGUGGAAAAAGUAUUUGACCACUUUGCAAAUGGUCCAAUUCAUUGCUAUCAUGGUACAUGCCUUCCAAUUACUCUUCAUCGAUUGCAAUUAUCCAAAAGCUUUUGUCUGGUGGAUCGGUAUGCAUGCUGUUAUGUUCUUCUUCUUGUUUAAUGAAUUCUACAAACAAGCUUACAAGGGCCGCAAAUCGCAAUAUAAGAACUUAUUAAUGUUCUUUUUGCAGCGUCCUGAAAAGGAUUACAAACUCAUAACCAAUGGCCAUGCCAAUGGUGAUUUGUCAGCUGAUGGCAGCAACAGCAGCAGCAGCAAACACAUGAACGGCCAUGCUGUUAACGGUAAGAUCAAUGGCCUUACAAAUGGCUCAACAGCAAAUGGUGGUAUCACCACAAGUGCGAAUGGUUUAAUCAAUGGAAGUGCGUAUAAAAAUGGCGCCGUGCUGGCUAAUGGCGUCGCUAACGGUCACAGCGAUUUAACGCAAAGAAAAGUUAAAUAAUAUAAACCCAAAACAACGAAACAACGUAAAAUACACAAAAAGAAAAAAUUGGAUAUUUAAAAAUAAAUUUGGAACAUUAGUUUGUUUUCUCUCAACGAUUGAUUAUUAACUAAAAAUCAACAACAAAAACUUUAUUUGUUUAGAGAAAAUUUCAAUUGCAAUAAUUAAAUUUAAACAAAAAAAAAACUGAUUACUCUGCUAAAGCUAUUGCUUUUUCAAGUCAAUCUUAACUGUAAAUUACAAGAGAGUUGUAUUCAAAGUUUAGAAAACGUUUGUGAUGUAUUUCUUUAACAAAAAAAAAUAUAUAUAAAUAUAUAUUAUUAAAUAAUAAAAUGUUUUUGUAAAGUUUUAUAAUUAUAA